UAUUUUCACCCAACGUCUACAAAUCACGUGCCGUUUGAACAAACCAAAAGGGGCAAAUCAGUAAUUUAACAAUCCUCACAGUAGCCUUCACGCUCCCUUCUCUUUCUAGCUGAGCGGCUAAGUUAAAAUAAGUUUUUAACAAUUUUUGCUUACUGUGUACUCGCGCGAAAACACCAUUUCAUCUCCCGCCGCACCUUCCCUCCUCCUUUUAUCAUCUUUCUCCCUCUCUCUCGAAUCUAAUCUCAUCACUCCAAAUCUCAAUCCCUCUCUCUCUCUCUCUCAACGAUGCAGCCUCAGCCGCAUAUCCCUCCAGCCACCGCCAACGCAGCGAUCUCAGCCGCCCUUAAAUCUCAACGAGCGAGAAAAAACCGCGGGAGUUACAGUUGCGGACGAUGCGGCCAGCCCAAGAAAGGCCACGUCUGCCAUCUCCCUCCUCUCGACGUCCCCAGCACUCCGAUCGCUCCCGAGCCGGUGACCUCCAUCGCCGCAGCGGCGUCCUCCACUCGCUCCACCGUCGUUUCCCUAUCAUCCGCGCCGCUGCGCCAGUCCUUCACUAACUUGCGCCGCGCGUUGUCUUUCGACGAUGACGUGGACGCGCGUGACGAGACGGAUCUGACGGAUCUGAGUUUGGAUACGGAGAUUGUUCAGCCGGGGAGGUUUCACGCGGUGGGGCUAUGGGAGGUGCUUAAACGGCUGCCUCCGUCUGGGUUGCUGAUGGCGGCUAGGGUUUGUAAAGGGUGGAGAGAGACGGCGAGGAAGAUGUGGAAAGCGGCGGAGGAGCUGAGGAUUAGGGUUCCGAAGAGGGCUCAGAUUGGUUACGUUGGAUCGUUGCUGCAGAAGUGUCCUGGACUUGUUACUCUGACUCUUAAACUCGAGAGUGAUUUUGAUGCGACAACUCUGGCAUGCAUUGCUUUUUCUUGUCCUAAUCUGGAGGUUUUGGAGAUUUUAACUUGUGGCGCAGCUGUCAAUAGGAUUUCUGGGGAUGAGCUGGGUCGCUUUGUUUCUAAUAAACGUGGACUUACAAGCCUUAAGAUGGAAGGAUGUUCCAACUUGGGAGGAUUUUCCCUUACUUCAACAAGCCUUUCUACUCUUUGGCUUUCAGAUCUUCAUUCUCUCUCGAAGAUGAUAUUCAACUGUCCAAAUCUUAUAGAAAUCUCACUUGAGUUUUCUCAACAAGAAGGUGAUUCAACUGAUCUUGUAACAAUGGUUGAUGGUCUGGGAAGGACUUGCACUAGAUUGCAGAACAUUCACAUUGCCUCUCUGAAGCUUUCACAUAUCGUUGUACUUGCUCUUACUGCUGUGAAUUUCAGGUGUUUGAGAAUGCUGUCGCUAGUUCUUGGAAUAGAUAUCACCGAUGCAUCUGUAGAUGCCAUUUCCUCAAGUUACACAAACCUUGAGCUGCUUGAUUUGAGUGGUUCCAGCAUUACUGAUACUGGCCUCGGGAUGAUCUGCGAUGUUUUACCUGAUACACUCUCAAAACUACUUGUUGCUCUUUGUCCCAACAUUACAUCAAGCGGCAUUCAGUUUGCUACUGCUCAACUACCUCUUCUUGAGCUGAUGGACUGUGGCAUGACUGUAUCUGAUCCCAAUUCAGAUAAUCCGUUGACUCCACAAAAGACAUCAGGCUACAAUCAGAAGAUGUUUAUUAAACAUAAACGGAUGAAGAAACUCAGUUUGUGGGGAUGCUCCAGUUUGGACGCUUUGUUCCUAAACUGCCCAGAGCUCAGGGACUUGAAUUUGAACUCGUGCAACAAUUUGCAACCUGAGAGUUUGGUGAUCCAGUGUCCAAAGUUAGAAAUUGUGCACGCAUCAGGAUGUCAAAAGCUAUUAACAGUAGCUAUCCGGAAACAGAUUUCUGAGAACUUUGCAGCUGGGGAAAACCAUAUGACACGGAAACGCUUGGCUGAUGGGUCGAAGAGGAUUCAGGCUCCACCUUCGUUAUACCAAGAGACAAGAGAAGAUGAUGAGAAUUAUCCAGCGAAGAAGAGAAGGAAGAUUGAGAAGGAAGUGUGUACCAUUAUAGAUUAAUAAAUAAUACUCUGUAUUAAUACUCUCUUGGACUCGUCACAUUUUUUCUUCUACCAGCUCUGUGUUACUGUGAUUAUGUUGGAUUACGUCUGUUGUUGUUUCACUUAUGAACUUUACAUGUUUUAUCUUUGGUUUUCCAAAUAGCUUUGAAUAAAUUGUACAAGUAACAUUUUGUAUUGGAUUUUGAUAUUUAAUAUAUUAAAGAGAAUUUUCUUCUUU